GGUGUUUUAUGGAACAUGGCAACAUGAGGUGGUGAUUAAACUAAACACAAAAAAUAUCAUUAAAUUAUAAUAUUUUGAUAUGACUAAUGAAUCGCGCGCACAAAGCACAGCACACAACAGCACAUCAUCGUUCAUCGUUGUAACAACGAUUUAGAAGAGAAUUGCGGAACCAUCACAAUUUUCAGGGUUGUUGUUUUCUGGAACACAAACAAACAACGUAAGACACCACCACCGAAUUCAUGUUUCACUUUUCAUGCUGCUCAAACAACCAUUCUUCUUCUUCUUCUUCUUCUUCGUCUUAAUCUGGUCACACCGAUGGUUUUUUAGCUGCGAAAACGAGUUUCCAAGGUGCCAACAAGGUUGAGGCAUUGGAUUGGACAUCUUGGAAUUGCAAUUGAUUUGUGAAAAAGAGAAUUUGGGUGAAGUUUUGAUUCUUUGUCAUAGAUGGGGAUUUCUUCUGACAACGUAACUGGGCUUGUUCUGGCGGUUUCUUCCAGCGUUUUCAUUGGCUCCAGCUUCAUUGUUAAGAAGAUGGGGUUGAAGAAAGCUGGGAAUACAGGGAAAAGUGCAGCCUCCGGAGGGCACGCGUACCUGUAUGAACCGUGGUGGUGGGUUGGAAUGACCUCAAUGAUUGUUGGAGAAAUCGCCAAUUUUGCAGCUUAUGCAUUUGCUCCUGCACUACUUGUCACUCCUUUAGGAGCUUUAAGCAUCAUUUUCAGUGCAGUACUUGCUCACUUUAUCUUGGAAGAGAAAUUGCACAUCUUUGGUGUGCUUGGAUGUGCUCUCUGUGUGGUGGGAUCUACCACUAUUGUUUUGCAUGCUCCACAUGAAAGAAUUAUUCACUCUGUUAAGGAAGUGUGGCAGCUUGCUACAGAACCAGGUUUUCUUGUCUACACUUGUUUAGUCGUGAUUCUUGUCAUCGUCCUCAUUUUCUACUUUGUUCCAAGAUAUGGACCAACCCAUCUGAUCAUAUAUGUUGGAAUAUGUUCUCUCACAGGCUCACUUACGGUUAUGGGUGUGAAAGCAGUGGGAAUAGCUUUGAAGCUUACAUUUGAAGGUUCCAAUCAAUUCACUUACUUCCAGACCUGGUUCUUUACGCUUGUUGUUAUAGGGUGUUGUCUUCUGCAGAUUAACUACUUGAACAAGGCUCUGGACACCUUUAAUACUGCGGUUGUGUCACCCGUUUACUACGUCAUGUUCACAUCGCUUACAAUCUUUGCCAGCAUAAUCAUGUUUAAGGAUUGGGACACACAAAAUGCAUCACAAAUUGCUACUGAGUUGUGCGGUUUCGUCACAAUUUUAUCUGGGACGUUUCUCCUUCACAAAACUAAAGAUAUGGGAAAAAAACCUACAGACCAACCCCCUGUUUUCUCAACUCCAGACCGUGAUUACGAUAACUCAGCUUCCCGAUAUUCCUAUCAUGGUCUUCAACCACUUCAAUGCCAUCAUGAAAUAUUCAUUCAGCUGAGUAAAGAUAGGAAGAAAUGGACGGAGGCGGAGGAGAAAACCCUAAUCGACAAGUACGGCGAGAUGGUCGCCGAUGGUUCUCUUGCGAAGAUGAGAACUCGAGAGAAGAAGUUCAAACCAAUUGCUUGUCAUGUGAAUUCGUUGCAUCACCUUCGCGAUCCCAUGGCGUAUCCAUGGCAGUGGAGUUGGAAGGAUGUUUCCACCAAGGUGCAGAACAUGAGGCAUCAGUAUCUGCUGGUUAAGCAGAAGAUUAAGAAACCUGAGUUUUCGGGGAUGGAGAGUAGUAAUGGUGGGGAUUGUGAUGGGGGUGAGUUUGAUUGGGUUGAGGGUCUUACUCAUUGGUCUAAUUUUCUUAGGUAUAAGGAAGUGUUUGGUGAUGUUGCUCUUGUUGUUGGGAGUUAUGCGAAUGGUGGUGGUAAUGAGUUGAUGGUGAUUGGUGAUGGUGAUGGGGAUCAUGGAGAUGGGUUUCUUGCUGAUGGUGGUGGUGGUGGUGGUGGAGGGAUAGAUAUGGUUGAGUUUGGUCAGAUGGGUCAUUCUGGGAAUGGCGAUGCUGAUGGUGAUUUUGCGGCUGCUAUUGAUGGGGUUGAUAAUGAGGUGAUGGGUUUGGGGUUUGAGUAUGAUGCUGAAGAAGGGGAGGUGAAUUAUAAUGAGAAUGGCCGGACUAGGGAAGAUGCAGAGAACGGUUAUGAGGAAGGGGAAGUGACGGGGUUGAACUCGAAGAAGAAGAGGAAGGCGGCGAAGGGGAUGGAAAAGAAAGUGUGGAGGAUUCUUUCUAACCAGAUGGGACAGUUGAGGGAAAUGGAGGCUCGGUUCGAGCAGCGAGAGAUGGAUAGAGAGCGGGAGAGACAGCGGAGGGAGAAUUUGCAAGCGGAGCUUGAUAGGCAAUGGGAAAAGAAGCUGGAGGAGAGGGAGAAAGAUAGGGACAAGCAGAGGAAGCAGAGAAUGGCUGAGUGGGAAGCUAUAGAGAAGGAAAAUGAAGAGAUGGAAAGGAAAAGAAGAGAGGAAGAUUUAAUUCAUGAGAGGGAACGAGAGGAGAGGAUGAACUGCAGGAGGCUAGAAUGGAAGAAGAGGAUCGAUGAGAUGCUAAAUCAGCACCGAGCAGAAAUGGGGCAGAUUCAGACUCGCAUUCUUCACGAGCAACAAAAUCUUACUAGUCAAUUGCUUGGUAUAUUCUCACAGUGGACUGCCCAACCUGCUGGCAUUUCUGAUCAUACUAGUGCUAGCAACCAUUAUCUUUCACAAAUGAUGCAAAAUCUGCAUCAUGUGAACGGCAUUGUCCACGGCGACACCAGGCUUUAUGGUGAAGAACUAGGAAUGAUGUCCCUUUUCUGUAACUUUUACUCUUUAUAUUUGGAUAAAAAUAAGUCUAUAUUAGGAAUUUGGAUGUACAAAAAGAUGGUGAGUGUUGAAGAGAUUCGUAAGGCACAACGUGCUGAAGGCCCUGCCACUGUCAUGGCAAUUGGCACUGCAAAUCCUUCCAACUGUGUGGAUCAGAGUGAAUACCCUGAUUUCUAUUUUCGUGUCACAAAUAGCGAGCACAAGACUGAACUCAAACAAAAAUUCAAGCGCAUGUGUGAAAAAUCAAUGAUUAAGAAGAGAUACAUGUAUCUAACUGAGGAGAUUCUCAAAGAAAAUCCUAGUGUGUGUGAAUAUAUGGCACCAUCAUUGGAUGCAAGGCAAGACAUGGUGGUUGUAGAGGUACCGAGGUUGGGAAAAGAAGCAGCAACAAAGGCAAUCAAGGAAUGGGGUCAAUCCAAAUCCAAGAUUACUCACCUCAUCUUUUGCACCACGAGCGGUGUGGACAUGCCUGGUGCUGAUUAUCAGCUUACAAAACUCUUAGGACUUCGUCCAUCAGUGAAGCGUUACAUGAUGUACCAGCAAGGGUGCUUUGCUGGUGGCACGGUGCUUCGUCUAGCCAAAGACUUGGCUGAGAACAAUAAAGGUGCUCGUGUGCUUGUGGUUUGUUCAGAGAUCACAGCAGUCACGUUCCGUGGCCCCAAUGACACCCAUCUUGAUAGCCUUGUGGGUCAAGCUUUAUUUGGAGAUGGUGCCGCUGCGGUCAUUGUUGGUUCUGAUCCACUAUCAGGGGUUGAAAAACCUUUGUUUGAACUAGUCUGGACUGCGCAAACAAUCCUCCCCGACAGUGAAGGGGCAAUUGAUGGCCACCUUCGUGAAGUAGGACUGACAUUUCAUCUUCUCAAGGAUGUUCCUGGACUCAUCUCAAAGAAUAUUGAGAAAGCCUUAGUUGAAGCCUUCCAACCUUUGGGCAUAUCUGAUUACAAUUCUAUCUUCUGGAUUGCACACCCUGGUGGACCUGCCAUUCUAGAUCAAGUUGAGGCUAAAUUAGGCUUGAAGCCUGAAAAAAUGGAAGCGACACGACAUGUGCUAAGUGAGUAUGGUAACAUGUCAAGUGCAUGCGUGUUAUUCAUCAUGGAUGAAAUGAGAAAGAAAUCUAAAGAAAAUGGACUUAGCACAACAGGUGAAGGACUUGAAUGGGGUGUGCUAUUCGGCUUUGGUCCUGGACUCACUGUUGAAACUGUGAUGCUUCUCAGAAUAUUACAGUGGCUACUUUGCAGCAAAGUGAGUGCUCUCAUGGCUUCAGUACAUGGUUACUCUCUCUUCCAAUUCUUUUCUGUGAUCUUUCUGAUCACAUCAGCCAAUGGAUUCUCAAUCAAGGAAGCAACUGUGCAUGAUCUCCAACUUGCUUUCAAGAGAAACCAAUUAACCUCUAAGCAACUUGUUGAGUUCUAUCUCAAACAAAUACAAAUCCAGAACCCAGUUCUCAAAGGGGUGUUGGAGGUGAAUCCAGAUGCAGUAGCAGAAGCAGAAAGAGCUGACAAGGAGAGAAAAAAGGCUAAGGAAACAGGGUAUCUGCUUUCAGGAUUACAUGGAAUACCAAUUUUGGUGAAGGAUAACAUUGCAAGUAAGGAUAAGCUUAACACCACUGCAGGCUCUUAUGCUCUGCUUGGCUCUGUGGUGCCUAGAGAUGCUGGUGUUGUUGCAAGGUUAAGGAAAGCUGGGGCUAUCAUAUUAGGAAAGGCCAGUUUGAGUGAGUGGUCUUAUUUCAGAUCCAAUGGAGCACCCAGCGGUUGGAGCGCCAGAGGUGGACAAGGAAAGAAUCCAUAUACAUUGGGUGAUCCAUGUGGGUCUAGUAGCGGAUCAGCAAUAUCAGUAGCAGCAAAUUUGGUAACAGUUUCUCUUGGUACUGAGACUGACGGCUCCAUUUUAUGCCCUUCAAAUUCCAACUCAGUUGUGGGAAUCAAACCAACAGUUGGUCUCACUAGCAGAUCAGGGGUAGUUCCAAUCAGCCCAAGACAAGACACAGUUGGACCAAUUUGCAGGACAGUAUCAGAUGCUGCUCUUGUUCUUGAAACUAUUGCAGGCAUUGAUGCUUUUGAUAAGGAAACAAUUGAAGCAUCAAAGUAUAUCCCAAAAGGUGGCUAUACUCAAUACCUGAAGAAAGAUGGACUAAGGGGAAAGAGAUUAGGAAUAGUUAGGUCAUACUAUGAUUUUGGAGAUGAUACCUUUCUCGAUGAAACUUUUAAGCUACACCUAAAAACAUUAAGGCAAAGAGGUGCAGUUUUGGUUGACCAUUUGAAGAUAGAUAACAUUGAUGAAAUAUUCAGUGAUUCAAGUGAAAGUAUUGCUUUGGAUUUUGAAUUCAAGUUAUCCUUGAAUGCAUACUUGAAAGACUUAGUUGCUUCCCCGGUUCGAAGCUUGGCUGAUGUAAUAGCCUACAACAAGAAACACCCAAAACUGGAGAAACUUGAUGAGUAUGGUCAAGAUGUCAUGCUGCAAGCUGAAAAGACAAAUGGAAUUGGGAAAGUACUGGAGCAAGCAUUGUUAAACAUGACAAGAUUGUCACAAAAUGGAUUUGAGAAACUAAUGAAAAGAAACAAACUUGAUGCUGUGGUGAUACCUUCUUAUAGCUUUAGUAACAUCCUUGCUAUUGGAGGUUACCCUGGAGUGAUUGUUCCUGCUGGAUAUGAAAAGGGUGUGCCAUUUGGAAUUUGUUUUGGAGGUUUGAAAGGCUCAGAACCAAAACUGAUAGAAAUUGCCUAUUCCUUUGAGCAAGCAACUAUGAUCAGGAAGCCUCCUCCACUUAGAAAGUUAAAGGUUUAAACAUAAUGCUUUAGUACAGAGUGUUAAAAUGUAAUGCAAAUUUCUAGAAUGUAUUAGAAAGCUCUAGAAAAUGAUAGAAACAUAGGCAAUGUCAAUUGCUAGAAAUCUGUAGAAUGAACAAAUAAUAAAAAAUAAAGAACCGACAUUAUGAGUCGGUAAUGUAAGGCCUAUAAAUAGGCCAGUGAUCUUUGCAUUGUAUCAAGCAGCAAGUUGAUCUUGCUAGCUUCACUCCUCCAAUCUAUAUAUGUUUCUAUAUCAUUUCUAAAUUCUAUCAA